UUAGCACCUGUUCUGGAGAAUCUGAGAUGUCUGGCCGCGGCAAACAGGGAGGCAAGGCGCGCGCCAAGGCUAAAUCGCGCUCCUCGCGCGCAGGCCUGCAGUUCCCGGUGGGGCGCGUGCACCGCCUGCUCCGCAAGGGCAACUACUCGGAGCGCGUGGGCGCCGGCGCCCCGGUGUACCUGGCGGCCGUGCUCGAGUACCUGACAGCCGAGAUCCUGGAGCUGGCGGGCAACGCGGCGCGCGACAACAAGAAGACGCGCAUCAUCCCGCGCCAUCUGCAGCUGGCCAUCCGCAACGACGAGGAGCUCAACAAGCUGCUGGGCCGCGUGACGAUCGCGCAGGGCGGCGUCCUGCCCAACAUCCAGGCCGUGCUGCUGCCCAAGAAGACGGAGAGCCACCACAAGGCCAAGGGCAAGUGAGGCUCGCGCCCCUCGGCCCGUGACCGACACCAAAGGCUCUUUUCAGAGCCACCCACUGCCUCGAGAAAAGAGCCGCACUGACCGCGCAGACCCCACCGUCCUGGAAAGGGAAGGAAUGCGAGGUGGCCUGGGCUUCCCUGGGGCCUCUGCUUGCUCAUACUCCCAUUCCCCAGAGACGGGAUUUAGUCACCACCACCACCCCUUAAUGUCCCCUCCCCAGUAUCACUAGUGACAAAUUACCUGGGACUCCAGAAAGGGCACAUUUAGACGUUAAGUCAGGAAUGCCCGUGCUCUCCCGGAGGUGAUGGUUCAGGCGAUUCAUCUGGUGACAAAAGUCAUCUCAGAAUCCGGUGUGAGGUGCUGACGGAGAAACCCUGGGGUUUCCACUUAAAAUACUACUGUUUGAGCCUCGGGUUGGGAUAGCUAAAUUUUAGCAAAACGAAAUCCACCAGUCAGGAUUGAUUUUGUUGCAUUGGGAUUUCUAAAGGUCUUGGGAAAGUUUUUUUAAAAAAAAUAAUUGCAGUGUUUUAGAAUGGGGUGUAAACGUUUUAAGGAGACAUAAUUGAAAUAGGAUACUUAUAUUCAGUUUUGAGUUGACCAGACAUUAAUCAAGGAUCCCCCUAAAUCGCUCCAAUCAGAAAUUUUUAAAAAUGUACGCUGAAUUUAAUUUAAAAAUUGCGUUUAUUUUAGCAAAUAAAAAUGUGAUGCACAGUAAAUUUAAACUGUUAGAACCAGAAUGAGUGAUAAUUGUUCAUGAUCUUCACAUUCUGUUAUAAAGGAUGGGGAGCUGCAGGCAAGACCCACCUCGUGGGGAAUUAAACGAAUUAUCUGUGAUAAUCUUUUAGAACACAGUUUGCCGUAAAAUCAAGCUCAGUAAAUGUUAUCCAUUUUUCCUUUU